UUCCACAGGGCAAAGAUCAAAUAAAUGUAAUGAAAAAAUUUUUAUCAUUAAUUUAUCAUUAUUUCCUCAUAAACUAGAGAUAAAUAGACAAAUAUUCCAUUACAUAAACGAACUACGUUCUAAAUGUUCAUGAAAUGGGUAAAUAUAAAAUAAAGGUAGGAAUUAUUGGUGGCUCUGGAUUGGGUGAUAUCGCAGAUAAUAUAUUAAAAAAUAGCAAUCAAUUAAAUCAGAAUGAUUUAAAAAAUGAUUUUGGUUUACCCAGUGGUAAUAUUUAUACAGGAAUUAUUAAUGGAGUUGAAGUUGCAUUAUUAUCACGACACGGGCAUGGACACAAAAUAAAUCCGACAAACGUUAAUUAUCGUGCUAAUAUUGAAGCACUAAAAUUAAUUGGCUGCACUCAUAUUUUAGCAUCUAAUGCGUGCGGGUCAUUGUGCGAUGAAAUAGGACGUGGACAAUUAGUGAUACCGGACAGUUAUAUUGACCGCACGUACGCGAGAAAAAAUACUUUAUUUGAUGGAAUCUCGCCGCGGUAUCAAGGUGUUUGCCACGUGCCAAUGGAGCCGUCGUUUCAUCCUGAUCUCGCGGAGGUUUUCGAAUUGGCGGCUAAGGAACUUAGUAUUGAUGUAAGAAGAGGAGGUACUAUUGUUACUAUUGAAGGCCCGAGAUUCUCAUCCAAGGCGGAAAGUAACGCAUUUAGAAUGUGGGGUGGUCAGUUAGUUGGAAUGACAUCGUGUCCAGAGGUCAGUAUUGCCAAGGAAGCCGGAAUAAUCUACGGCGCGAUCGCAAUGUCUACCGAUUACGAUUGCUGGAAAGAAUCUGACAACGUCUGCGCCGGAGACGUCAUAAAAGUCUUCUUAAAAAAUGUAAAAAAAAUAACCGAUCUUUUGGUCAAAGCCGUCGAGAUAAUUGGCCAGCGUCAGUGGGACCAACAAAUCGAUAAUCUCAAAGAUUUAAUCGAGUCUGGUAACGUUUCCGCCAAGAAUUAAAAUAUAUUUUUUUAUAUGAACAAAAAAUUUUUUUUACUAAAGUAUUUUUUAUUAAAUUCUAUUAGUAUCAAAUUCAAAAAUAUCAUUCCCCAACUAUAUUUUUUUAAUGAAAAUAUAUUAUUUUAUUUUAAAGUUGUAAUUAAUUAUGUAAUUAAUUAAUAAAAUCAAUUAUUAACGGAA